AUGGCCCCAGGGAAGGAGUGUUCUCAGUAUGCCAAAUAUAGAGAAUCCUCCAGUGAACAGGUAGAGUUUAUUGAGUCCCACGAGAAACCUCCCCAAGUAGAAGCCUAUCAAUGUACUCACUAUGAGAUGGUCUUCAGUCCCAGCUCAGAGCUCAUUCAGCAUCAGAAAAGUCAUACUGGAGGAAUUCUCUAUAUAUGUAAUGAAAAUGGGAAGAUGACCCCAAAGCCAAAGUUCACUGAUCUACAGAUACUUCACACCAGAAAGGAAGCUCUUGAAUAUGAUGAGUGUGGAACAACCUGCACUGAUCCCUCAUCUCUUACUGACCACCCUCAGUUUCAUAGUGGAAAGAAACCUAAUGUGUGUGAUCAGAGUAGGAAUCCGUUUGGUUGGGACUCAAACCUUCUUAAACACCCAGAGAUUUGUACUAGUGAUGAUCCUCUUAAAUGUAAUGAAUGUGGAAUGGCCUUUAGCAACUUCUCACAUCUUAUGGACCAUCAGAGAACCCACAAUAGAGAGAAACUUUAUGAAUGUAAUCAAUGUGGAAAGGCUUUCAGCACUAUCCUCAGUCUUAGGUAUCAUCAGAAAAUUCACACAGGAGAAAAACGUUAUGAAUGUAAACAGUGUAGAAAGACUUUCACAUGCAGUGGCCAUCUUGCUGCACAUCAGAGAAGCCACAGUGGAAAGAAACUUUAUGAAUGUAAUCUAUGUGGAAAGGCUUUUAGACAAAGUCGCAUUCUUGCUGAACAUCAGAGAAUCCACACUGGAGAGAAACCUUAUAAAUGUCAUCAUUGUGGAAAGGCUUUCACACAGAGUGACUCUCUUGCUAAACAUCAGAGAAUCCACACUGGAGAGAAACCUUAUAAAUGUAAACAGUGUGGAAACGCUUUCACACAGAGUGGCUCUCUUGCUGCACAUCAGAGAAUGCACACUGGAGAGAAACCUUAUACAUGUAAUCAAUGUGAAAAGGCUUUCAGAAGCAUCCCUGCUCUUAGGUAUCAUGAGAAAAUUCAUACAGGAGAGAAACCUUACAAAUGUAAACACUGUGGAAAGGCUUUCACAUGGAGUGGCCAUCUUGCUGCACAUCAGAGGAUCCACACUGGAGAGAAACCUUAUAAAUGUCAUCAGUGUGGAAAGGCUUUCACACAGAGUGCCGCUCUUGCUAAACAUCAGAGAAUCCACACUGGAGAGAAACCUUAUAAAUGUAAACCAUGUGGAAAGGCUUUCAGACAAAGUAGCAUUCUUGCUGAACAUCAGAAAAUCCACACUGGAGAAAAACCUUAUAAAUGUCAUCAAUGUGGAAAGGCUUUUAGAACUAGCUCUCUUCUUAGUGUUCAUCAGAGAAUCCACACUGGAGAGAAACCUUACCAAUGUGAAGAGUGUGGAAAGGCUUUCACACGGAGUGGCUCUCUUGCUAAACAUCAGAGAAUCCACACUGGAGAGAAACCUUAUAAAUGUAAUCAAUGUGAAAAGGCUUUCAGAAGCAUUUGCACUCUUAGGUAUCAUGAGAAAAUUCACACAGGAGAGAAACUUUACAAAUGUAAAGAGUGUGGAAAGGCUUCUAGAACUUCCUCUCUUCUUAGUGUUCAUCUGAGAAUCCACACUGGAGAGAAACCUUAUAAAUGUAAACAGUGUGAAAAGGCUUUUAGAAGCAUCCGCACUCUUAG